UUAUCUGUGGAGGCUUUUUUUUAUUAAUUCAUCUGGGUGUGGAAUUCAAUUAAUUUUUUUCGGAACAACCAUCCAAACCAAAUCUGUGCAGAAGUCUACUGAUGAUGAUGAUGAUAAAAAAAAAAAACCUCAGCAACUACUACAAAACUAUUUGGGGUCUAUUCACUAAAUACUUUUCCUUCAAUUCGGCAAACGGAAUUAAUUUAUUCAUUGUCAACUAAAUUGAAACUAUACUGAGUUACAUAGCUGAAAAGAGACUUGCGUCCAUCAAGUUAAGCCUUCCUCACAUCUGUUUUUGCUGUUGAUCCAAAAGAAGGCAAAAAACCCAGUCUGAAGCGCUUCCAAUUUUGCAACAAACUAGGAAAAAAUUCCUUCUUGACCCCAAAAUAGCAGUCAGAUGUCUCCUUGGAUCAAGCAGCUAUUGCCCCACUGAUUAGAAAUUAUAUCCCUGUAUGUUAUGUUUUUGCAAGUAUAUAUCCAAUUGCAGUUUAAACAUCUGUAAAGACUCUGACAAAACCACCUCUUCAGGCAGAGAAUUCCAUAUCCUUAUUGCUCUUACUGUAAAAAAAACUUUUCUUUGCCUUAGAUUAAAUAUCCUUUCUUCCAGCCUAAAUGUGUGACCUCGUGUGCUAUGUAUAGCCCUGUUUAUGAAUAGAUUUCCAGAUAAUGGUUUGUACUGGCCCCGAAUAUAUUUGUAUAAUGUUAUCAUCUCCCUCUCAGGCGACGUUUUCCAAACUAAAGAGAUUUAAAUGUUUUAACCUUUCUUCAUAAGUAAAAUGCUCCAUUCCUUUUAUCAAUUUUGUAGCUCGUCUCUGCACUUUUUCUAGUGCCAUGAUAUCCUUCUUUAGAACAGGUAGCCAAAGUCUCACAGCUUAUUCAAGGUGUGGUCUUACCAGCGAUUUAUAAAGAAGCAAAAUUAUAUUUUCAUCUCAAGAAUCUAUGCCCCUAUUUAUACAUGACAAAACCUUACUGGCCUUAGCAACAGCAGAUUGACAUUGCAUAUUGCUGCCUAAUUUGUUGUCUAUAACAAUUCCCAAAUCCUUCUCGUGUGUGGCUAUCCCUAGUUCACUACCAUUUAGGGUGUAAAUUGCUUGUGCAUUCUUAACCCCGAAGUGCAUAACUUUGCAUUUCUCCACGUUAAAUUUCAUCUGCCAUUUUUGUUGCCAGUCCCCCAAUCUAUCCAAAUCCCUCUGCAGCAAGGCAAUAUCCUGCUCACAUUUUAUUACUUUACAAAGUUUUGUGUCAUCUGCAAACACAUGGCUAUAAUACAUGGCUUUCAAUGCCCAUUUCAAGCUCAUUUAUAAAUAUGUUAAAUAGAAGCGGUCCCAAAACAGAACCCUGAGGGACACCACUUACCACUUUUGUCCAGCUUGAAAAUGUACCAUUAAUGACAACUCGUUGUACUCUAUCCUUAAGCCAAUGUUCUACCCAAGAACAAGAAUAUUCAUCUAGACCACUUUCUUUUAGUUUGAAGACUAACCUAACUUACUUCUUUGUAGGAUGCAAUUAGGUUAGUUUGACAUUACCUAUGUUUCAUAAAACCAUGCUGAUUAUUGCUAAUAACACAGUUCUACCCAAUGAAUUCCUGAAUAUUAUCCCUUAAUAGCCGUUCAAAUAAUUUCCCAGUCAUAGAAGUUAAGCUCACAGGUCUAUAAUUUCCAGGCAAGGAUUUUGAACCCUUUUUUAAUAUAGGAACAACAUCUGCCUUCCUCUAAUCCUCCGGUACAAUACCUGAAACAAAAGAAUCUUGAAAAAUUAAAUACAGAGGUUCACUUAUUUCCCCACUUAGCUCCUUAAGUACUCGUGGGUGGAUACCGUCAGGCCCCGGAGCUUUAUUUACAUUAAUUUUCUUUAAUAGCUGUAGCACCUUGUCUCGAGUUAUCCAAUCACAAGUUAUCUGCAGGUUUGUUGCAGCAAUCAUUUGCUUAUCUCUUGCCAUAUGAUCUUCAUUAAUAUAUACUGAAGAAAAAUAGUUAUUAAAAAUUUCUGCCUUUUCCUGGUCUUCAUUAACUAACAGACCCAUCUCUGUUUUUUCAUUUUCAGUGUACCUACACUUUUUUAUUUUGUUUUUUUAGAAUUGAUGUACUUUUUUGGGGGGUUGGUUUUGCAUUCUUUUGCAUUCUUUAUCAAUUUCUCAUUUUCUAGUUUAGCCACUUUAAUUGCCUUUUUGCAAGUAUUAUUGGCUUCCUUAUAUCUUAUAUAGGAUACCUCUGAUUUGUCCGAUUUAAAGGCUUUAAAUGCUCUUUUCUUAUUUUUAAUCUCUUGUUUUACUUCUCUGCUAAGCCACAUUGAGUCCCUAGUAUUUUUAAAUUAAUCUCAUUGCUAAAUAGCAAAAGUGAAUUGCAGCAAAAUAGCAUUGAACUUCCCUGCUAUGAGUAUAUUAAAGUAUGUUAGGAUGAGGGUUUGGGGAAUGGGGUAUUGAGAAUAGUGUUCCGAUGACUUAGGGUUAGGUGUGAGAGAGGUGCAGUGUGUUUGUAUGGGAUGCAAUGGGUAUGUGAGCGGUGCAUUAUGUGUGCAUUAGGGGUGCAAUGUGUGUGUGUUUGUGAGGGGUACAAGUUCUAGGCUCAAUUCUGCCAGUCUGUUUAAGAGGAAUUGGAAAAACUGAAUCAAAGAAAUUCAUCUGGAGUUCGGCUGUUUGAGAAUAGCCGAACUAGUAAAUGUGUAUAUAAAGAUUCAACUUAAUUUAAACAUCGAGCAUUAUGGCUGUCGAAUGGAAGUGAAAAUAUGGCCGAAAUAAAUUAAUGAGCCUUUUAUGAAUAGCCAAAUGAGUUUCAAAUGGCAAACGUUCCAUUUGUAUACAUCGUAUUUUACAUUUUUCUUCUCUUCAUUUCCAAAAGCUUGAGUUCUGCAACAAGAACUUAAAUAGGAGUCUUGUAAAAAAUUUGGAAGAGCACGGAAGAAAUCAGGAUUUAUUUAGCAUGUGAGCCAAAAUAUAAUCUUAUUUAAUGUAGACUUAGACCUUGUUCCUUGACUGGAACAAAGCUUUGAUGUUGUGAGUGCCUUUAUGGUUUGAUAGACAUAAACCAUCAUCAAUAUCUCUCUUUGGUGUUCUACACAAAUGCCUUUUUUUAGUUCUCUUAUGAAUUUCCACAUUAAUCAGCGUACAAUGCAGUCGGAAAGCAUACAAAGUACUAGUUUUAUUUAUGUUGCCAUAAAAAGACACCAAAGAUGGAUUAAGAUGCAUUUGGCUCUUCUUUAAGGAAAUAGCUUGUUCAGCUGAAUGGUUUUGCUGUUUCUUAAGAUGGCUUUAGAGAGACACUCCAGGUGCAUGCUAGCUCUGUGUACAAUACGCGGCAUUCAGAGCUGCUGUAAAUCUUUUAAUACUUACAUUUUUAUUGCUGAUGAUGAAUAUAAGAAAAAUGCAACCGUCCAAGCAUUUUAGGCAAAUGCGCACUCCCACGAGAAGGAAAGUUAAACUAUGAUUGAUGUCGGAAGUUGGUAAUAGUUCUUGUAAUGUUAAAUUAAAUCUCAAACCGUAAUAGCAAUAAGACCUCCAUAAUCAAUAGAUGUAUUCAUGUACUCUGAGCAUUGGCGUAGGAACCAAAGAAAGUUAGCGAGGACCGCUUUUUAUAACAUGUAAGCGCCCCUUCGGGAGUAUGCGUGCAACCACACAGAUUUCAAUUGGAAAAUUGAUACAUGAUCACUGGGGAGGCUAUUAGCAGAAUGUGAUAUAGACCUAUAUCAGCUACCUGACCUCAUCUUUUCAUACAUAAGAAUGCAAUUUCUCACACAAAAAAAGUCAAUUGUUCAAUAAAGGUCUUUCUACUGAUAUUUUUGCUUGCUUGUUGUUGAAAUGUCAUUGGUUUUAAAAUGUUGAGAAGAUAACCAACUUCUUUAAAAUAGGUUUUGUUUUUCUCAUCAUAAAUAGUAAAACAUAAUACAAGGUCUCUGCAUUUUUGCAGAUGACCUACUAUUCACGGUGUCUGACCUGCUCAAAAUUCUCCCAUAUAUUCUUAAGGAAAUAGAUAUCUAUGGUGGGAUAUCCAAUUUCCAAGCCAACCUCGCUAAGUGUGAGUUAUGUCCCUUAAACACGACGCCUGAAAUAGACGUAAAUUUGAAGCAGCAGUUCUACUUUACAUGGACCAACGCCUCCAUUAAAUAUCUAGGAAUUCACUUACCACAUAAAAUUAAACCACUAUAUGAACUUAAUUUUCCCUUACUUCUAGCAGCUAUAUCUAAGGAUAUGAAAACUUGACACAAACCGUGUUAUGGAUGGUUUUGUAGACUUAACAUCUUAAAAAUUAAUGUGUUACCCCGCAUCCUAUAUGCACAACAAACUAUUCCCAUAGUACUGCCCAAUAAAUUUUUCGACACCGUCAAGACGAUGUUCAUGUACUUUCUUUGGUCACACACACAUCCCCGACUGGCAAUCUUUCUCCUCACUAAACCUCGUGAGAAGAGGGAUUUGGGAUUCCCUAAUAUAGACACAUACCACAAAGCCGUACACCUGGCUAUGAUAAACGCGAACACGACUCUACAAUAUUCAGUCUUUGAGAUUCCCAUUCUGACGAUCCCCUGGCACAGUUCUGGCCAAAUGUUCCUACAACGCAAACAAUGGGCAAUCAUUACCCACACUAGUCAUUUCUCCUCGCUGUACCCACUCACACAACCCCUUUUUCGAAGCAGGAAUCUCCGGUAAGUCGUACAGACUUUACCACGUCAAACCCUACCUCAUGCUUCAAGAUAUUGUACAGGAGAAAAGAUGAAAAUCACUGAACAAUCCCCCACAGACAUGCAACACCUCCAAUAUACACAACUCGCUCACUUUAUCCGGGGCAUGAAACUCAUACCGGAUGGUGAUAGACCUCACAACGUUUUAGCCUUUAAAACAAACUUCUUUCCACUCUGUAUACACUCUUACAAAAAUCACAAACACCUGAAUUCCCACGAUUCACAGUGAAAUGGUUGGGUAAACUACAAUCCGGGUUAUCACAAACACAGUGGCAGAGGAUAUUCCUGUAAUGACAUGAAGGGGUGCUGCCCUGGAGCAUCACUGUCACUUUAAAUGUGGGAACCAAUAUAGCAAAGAAAUAAAGUCCAAGACACAAAUGAAUAGGUUAAAUCAAGAAAUAUAUAUAUUUACAGGGAACCAAAGGAGAAAACAAAACAAUAUAUAUAUACACACAGACAAGGCCACAAAAUAUAUACAGUAAAUCAAAAUAAGCACGAAUCGUGCGGGCAACAAAUACUGUAACAGUCCUUUGGUAUAAGGGCAGGAUUGUGCAGCUACCACGAGUAUCAGGUAGGGCACAGAUCCAGAGUCGCAAGACCAGAAGUCGAAUAAAUGAGCAAAGCUGAAGGGACAGGAUCACUGGUAGUAAAACAGAGACCACGGAACCAGAGCACUGGAUCGGAGGACACAGCAACGAAGGACCAGGAGGACACCGUAACGCAGGAUCAGGAGGACACAGGAUGAAGACCAGGAGGACCCAGGACACAGGACCAAGUCACAGUAUGCAGGAGCCAGGAACACAGGAGACCAGAGAAAUAGGAAACAAAAGGCAAUGAUCUGGCAAGGAGUGAGGGGAGAACCCAAACUAAAUAGGUGCUAAACAAGGACCAGGUGAAGUGCUUAAUGAAGAGAAAUCAGGAAUAGUGCCAAACAGAAACAGUGGUGAGUGUGAGUACUGCACGAGGACAAAUCAACUAAGGAGUGUCGUGACAAUUCCUUAGGGCACACAAGGCAUCCACAUAAAAUACACAAUAGUGCUAAAGAUGCUUGCUGGAGAUGCCAACAACCUGAUCCACAUCUGGUGGCAAUGUCCAACAAUAACUAAAUUCUGGAAACGCAUGCACACACUUAUAUAGGAUAUCAACACAAUACAAUUUCCGUUCUCACCAGAAUACAUGUUGUUUCUCUUGCCACCACCUCAACAAAAGAGACAGGGAACCGCCUUGAUCAUGCACCUGCUUAUGGUAGCAAACCAACUCAUCCCAGUCCACUGGAAACAGAUAAAUCCCCCAUCUGUCAUGGCCUGGAUCCAACGAGAUAAAUCACUUAUGCCAUUUCCAAAAACUACACAAAAUUUACACAAGUUUGUGGACCGUGGAACACCUUCCUACAGGUGGAUGCUCACAUCCAAUGAACCGUAUGCCCUUCUAGAACACCCGUAUUAGCCAACAGAUGAAUCCUUAAGAGACGGUACGAAACACUCAUAAGCCCCACUUAUAUCGAGUCCUCGUGGAAAACCACACCUCAGUGUAGCAGAUUACCUCUGUUAAAAUGACAAAAACCAUAUCGAUAUGCACAACACACUCCUGUGUCGCUCUAUACUACACCAGAAACCUACAAUGCACACAUAUUAUUUUAUACACUAUAAGGUAUGCACUAUUACUUUUAACCCCUUAAGGACCAAAGUUCUGAAAUAAAAGGGAAUCAUGACAUGUCACACAUGUCAUGUGUCCUUAAGGGGUUAAAUGUAGUGAUGUCCCGAACAGUUCGCCGAACGGUUCGCCACGGACGGCGAACAUAUCCGCUGUUCGGUCCGCCCCCUAUGUCAUCAUUGAGUAAACUUUGACCCUGUACCUCACAGUCAGCAGACACAUUCCAGCCAAUCAGCAGCAGACCCACCCACCCAGACCCUCCCACCUCCUGGCGAACUGUUCGGGACAUCACUAGUUAAAUGUUAUUUAUGAAAUAUUACAACAUUUUUAUAUGUUACAAAACUGUAUAAAUGUCAUCGUAUAACGCAAGACACAUGUAAGUGUACGCUUAUAUUUUUGGCAAAAUUACUAAUUGUCUUUUGCGAAACUCUGUUCCUUUGAAUUAAUGUUAUAAUGUAUGUAAAUACAUGUGAAAAAUAAAAAUAAUUUUUCAAAAUAGUAAAAUGUGAUUUUGAAAGUGACAUCAUCAUGACUAGGGGGUCCUUUUUUUUUUUUUUUUUUUUUUUUGUCAAUCUUUGUCCCAAUGACUGGGGGAUCUUACUCCUCUCUCUCACUCUCCCCGAAAGAUUUUCUGUUUGUCCCCCUCAAUCCCAUUACUUCCUGCACCCAUGACUCUGAGAUGGAAUAUAAUUAACUGUAUGUGGGGGAAAAUGGGAGAAAGGAAGCACCAAUAAUAUAUUUAUACUGUUACAAAUUUAUAAAAACUGUAUAAAAAGAUUGUUAUAAAAAAUAACAGUUAAAAAUAUUUUUUCUAAAUCUACAAUAAUGUCAGAAAUAAAUAUAAAGUGCAAACUGCAAGGAAACAGGCCAGGUCACGGUAGAUAUUUUUCUUGUGCGGUCAGAAGUGGGUCAGAAGUGACUUGCAAUUCGUGUAGACAUAUAAACAAAACAGAAAAAGGCAUCCCAAUCAACCUACGUAAUCCUCAAAAAGAGAUGUACUCACAUUUACUAGAGCUAAAACCAGCUCUAGUGUAAGGGGCGUAGAGUGAUAUGACAGCACUUCUAGGAUAGAUGGGUUUAUUUGCAGGAAAACCGAACAGACAAAAAUAGUGCUCUCCAUCUAAAUUUAACCAGGAGUAAAAAGAAAAUCUUACUCACACUUUAUUGAGCAGGCUCAAUGAUUAAGGCACAGGUGGUAUGAUCCCCACCCUGGAUUAUUUGGUCCUCACUUGAGUUGUAGAACAGGAUGCCAGGCAAAUAACAAUAGAAUAAAAAUAAUAAAAACAAGGAAAGUGGCACAGUUCUAAAUUUAAACAUUUUCAAAAUUCCUUUAUUAAAACGUGUAAUCCACAUAUCCAAAUAUAAUUAACUGUUGUAUCACUGCCCCAGUAGCCUCCAUCUCAGCAAGAAUGACCUUCAAAAUAUGUGAUAUGUGCUGUAUGUGUGUGUUUGGAAAGAUCAGUCUCUUAAAUGUGAAGCAUUUUGGACCACUUUUAAGAGCAAAACUGCUUCAACCUUGACAUUUAUGUUGUCUUGAAAGAACAACUCACUUGAAAACCUGCCACAACAUGUAAGUGGCAUUUAGGUCUGGGUUUUAUCAAAGCCGUUCAAAAACACACUAUUUCUCCUUCUGCAAAAUUCUCUUGAAGAUCUACUUGUAUGUUUAAAGGGUUACUACACCCUUUUAGCUAAAUGCCUUUUUUUUUUUUUUACUUAAUGGUGACAUGGUAUUAUUAACUUGGUCCUCCCCUUAUAUUUAAACAUACAAACAAAAAAGUUAUAAAUAAGUAGCGUGCUUAUGACAGAUGUCAUUGUUGUACAGAUUUAAAGGGACACUCCAAAAGCUUCAGAUCUCUUGUCUACAGCCAUUGCAAGCCAUCCCUUCUUCCCUAGCUUAAGUUUUCUGUGGCUGUCCAAUCACAGACUUCCCAAAGUUCAAUGAGAAGUCUUCGCAAGGCAGGUGUUGUAAAAAGAUUAGGUCCAAUUCUUCACACAUAAAGCAUUUUAGCUAGCUCAAUGAGAAGUCUCCACUGAGCUAAAGAACCAGGAAGUAACAAGACCAGUUGUCUGAUUGACAGCCAGCGGGUGUAACAAGAUAAAUUAUAAAAAUGCCAAUUUCUAUUGAAAUCUGCACGUUUUUGUAAAAUUAAAAAGAGGACUCCAUUUUCACACAUAAAGUACUUUAGCAACAGCGUUCCGGGCUGCCUAAGUCUCAUAUGGAGAGGGUGCAACUAUACGCCGACACAGAAGCGCAUACUUCUCUGUAUGUACAGCGUUUUAAAAGAUUCCUUACUUAUGAACACUUCUAAAAGCAAAUAGUGGUCAUGGUGGUUGUAGUAACCAUUUAGGAACGCAGUUUUGUUGUAUGAACCACAUUUGGUUUAGCUCCGAGGUAGAUACUGUUCGUCUUCACUGCUAUGUUUUGAUGUGGUAACAUUUAUGGCUGCGUCAAUGAUGGCAGAAUGUAUAACUGAUGGCACAGUGGCUUCAGACCAUCACACCCCUACAACUGUGCUUGACAACUUGGAUUUGUUUUUAUUUUUUGUUGUUUUUUUGACAAUCACAGUAAUUGAUGCACAAAAGUUCAACAUUUGAUGCAUUUAUCUUUUAGUGACCUUCUGCAGAUCUCACUCAGACUGUAGGUUCACAGAAUAUCUGUUGUUUUGAAUUUUCACUGUUAAUAGAAUAAUUCAAACUUUAUUUGACUGUGAAUUUUGGAUCUCACAAACCUUAGAAUUCGUAUUGUAAACUUAAUGGACAACUGUCAUCAUGUUUUCACUCCUCAGUUUAUUACAUUUAGCGAAACCUAAUAAUAUUUUUGAAAUAAUGUAUAUUGAUUUUUGGGUGAGAAAAGUUAACUUUUUUUUUAUCUAAAUGAGGAGUAUGUCGGGUCUCAUCGGUUAUCUGACCAACGUCUGCUCACCCUAGCUUGCCUGCUGCUGCAGUUUCACACUGAGCAAUCACAGUAGCAGGCAACUUAGAAUGAGCCAAAGUCAGUCAGAGAACAGUUGAAUCUGACCUGACAUAGAUCCUCAUCCAGAUAUAAAAGUAACAUUUUCUCCAAAAAGCCUUCAUGCAUCAUUAAAAAUAUAUAUAUAUAAUUAAAGGGACACUAUAGGCACCCAGAGCACUUCAGCUCUUUGAAGUAGUCUUGGUGCAGUGUCUCAGGAUUCUAAAAACUGCAAUUGUAAUUAUUGUAGUUUCUGAUAAACUGCAAUAACUACCUUUUGAGUGUUAACUCCACCUCUAGUGACUGUCUACCAGAGAGCCACCAGAGGGAUUUAUUUACGUGAGCAUGGCGAGCAUUAGGUCCCCCAUGCUGGCUGACUUCUGAGGAGGAAGAGCAGAGGUGGAACCUGAACCAGCGCUAAAGUAUCUCAGCGCUGGGAUCAGGUAAGUUACUGUAGGGAGCUAUAGUAACAGCAAAAAAAACAACUCUGUUUUCCUGGUGCUAUAGUUUCCCCUUAAGCUUCAUAAAAUGUGAUAAACUUUUAGAAAAUGAGAAGUAGGUUUUCUACAAUGUCUUGUCACAUAACCUCAUGGUGAAGUCCAGUUUGGACAGAUCUCAAUCCUUUACAUGGUAGGGCCUCCAUUACUUAAAUCCUUAAAUCUGUAUCUCUAUUUAAAUACCCAGUUCUGAUUAUUCUAUUUAUUUGAGCGUAUAAAAUCACGUCUGUAUUUUAUGAUUGAAUGUGUGGGUGAGUUUAUGUGUAUGUAAGUACAUCUACAAAUGUAUUAAUGGUUUCACGCUAGUCUCCAGCUCUGUACUAGAAUGGCAUAGUGCCUAAUGAUUUUCUUUUCUUUAAUAAACGAAAAAUGUAUCAGAAACAUUCAUCUGUAACUGUGAAAUGACAAAUGCAACAUAAUUAGCUGAAGUGUCAUCUGUUCCACUUUAGGCUUUGAAGGCAGUGAAAGAACUACAAGAUGGUGCCGAGCCUCACAUUGGAAACCUGCAACCCAAGCGUGAAAGAACACGCGACUAUCACAUCAAACUGCAUGUUAAGAGAGAGGUGAUGGAGCAGCUGCCAGUAAAGAUGAAAGUUACCCCAAAGCUCAUAAUAAAAGCUGAGACACAAAUCAAUGGGGAUCAAGGCAGGUAGGUACAGUCUGUUCAACGUUUGCCCAGUAUUGUGGACUUUGUAAAUGGAGGUUGAUAUAACACCCCGAAGCUGGGAGCUUGUGUUUCCACUUGCUGCUGAAAAAAUAAAUGCUGCUACUUGAAUUCUGAAACCCUGAGCAAUAUACACCAAAAAAGUCCUAUGAUACGUUAUGUUGUGAUUCGUUGUUGUGGAUUCAGAAGGGAAGCACCCAUCAUAAAUCUAUACAGCUGGGUGACCUGCAACUCCCAUAACGCCUAGUCUAGCUGUAAUUCCUGGGUGUCAGGGUUCCACAGUUAGGGUGCAAACUUUACAAUGGUCACCUUCUGUGUGUAAUAGUAGGCAAUUGUCCUUACUCCGUGAAAGAUUUCAGGAGGAAAGCAAUCAUUUUCAGUUGUUAAGUAAGUGUUACAGUUGCACUUUUCAUUCUUCACAAUGGUGACUCCCUAUCAUUGAUUUUCAUUUAAAACUUGUUAUACAAAAAAUAACCUAAUAAACUAAAUUUAAAUGGCAGUCUAAGGACAAAAACCACUUCAGGUUAGUGAAGAUGUGUUUUGAUGAGAAUAUCCUGACCCUGCAGUUUACUUCUGUUCCUGGUUAGAGAUUCGGCACUGUUUUAGUUUGUCCGAAGCACACCUCCAGUGGCUGUCAAUCAGACGGUAACACAAACAGCUUCUGUGUGUGAUGUAUCAAUUUCAUCUUGAUCUUCACAUUUGCAGUCAGCACGCACAGCAUGCUAUAAGGCCAAGUGCUUGCUUUAGGACUAGCAGGAGCCUUGCCGUGAGCAGGGCCGUCUUUAACAUUGAUUGGACACUAGGCAGGCAUUUGUUUGGGCCCCCUGGAUCCUGCCAUCCCUCGCCCUCCUUCCACACUUUCACUCUCUGGCAUGCAAUCACGCCCUCCACCCCAACACAGUGGCAGAACUAAUGUAGACAGGGCCCUGGUGCAAGACAUUGUUUUGAGCCUUCCCUCUAGCGCAAGAGCAGAGAAAAGAUAGAUCCUCAUCUGUUGUACAAUUCCAACGAUGCUAUGCCAGCUGGGGAUCUACCAUUUGUCCAUUUUUGCAGGGCUGUAUUUGUGAGCAGUGUUUGUGCAUUUGAAUGUGAGCAUGUUGUUGUAUACAGUAUGUGUGUGCAUGUAGGGUGUAGUAUUGGUGUUUAAGUGUAGGGAUGUGUUUCCAUAUACUUUUUGAGUUUGAAUUCAGGGGUGUGUUUGUAUGUAAUGUUUGCAGGGGUGUGGUUGCAUGUUGUGUUUGAUUGCCGUGAUGUAUGAAUGUCAACAUUCACAGAUAUACAUACACAUUAGCACACUGAUACAUGCACACAUCUGGACACAUGCACACACUGACAAAGACUGGCGUAUACACACACAGCCACAUACAUAAAUACACGUGCACACACAGAGAUAAAAACACUGGCACAUCCACACACAGAGAUACACACUUACACACACUGACACAGAUAUAUACACAAAUACAUAUGUAUUUGUGUGCAGUGUUGGCGUAGGAAUGCUGGGAUGUAUGCAUUGUCACACAGAUGCACUCUCACACAAACAGUGAUACACACAGGAACACAGAUACACAUGCAGUGGUGUAUUUGUGUGCAUUGUUAAUGUUGGAAUGCAGGGUUGUAUUUGUGUGCAAUGUUAGAUGGGAUGUAUGCAUUGCCACACCCACAGAUACACACUUACACAUACUGACACUCAUACACACACAGGUACAUAUACACAGACAAGCAGGUACACAUACAAACUGACACAUAGGUAUACAUACACACAGAUACACAUAAACACUGACACAAAGGUACAUGUACACUGACACAAACACAGCCAUAUAAACACACACUGACACAAACAGCCAGAUACACACUUACACACACACAGUCAGAUACAGACACACACACACACAGUCAGACACAAACACAGCCAGAUACAAUCACAGCCAGCCAGAUACACACACACACACAGUGAGAUAUACACACACACACACAGUCGGAUACACACACACAGUGAGAUAUACACACACACAGUCGGAUACACACACACACACACACACACACACACAGUCAGAUACACACACAUACUGCCAGAUACACACACAGUCAGAUACACACACACACAGUCAGAUACACACACACACAGUCAGAUAUACAAACAUCCACCAGAUAUACACACAUACAGCCAGAUACACACACAUACAGCCAGAUACACAUACACAAAUACAGCCAGAUACACAUACAGCCAGAUACACACACAUACAGCCAGAUACACAUACACACAUACAGCCAGAUACACAUACACACAUACAGCCAGAUACACACACAUACAGCCAGAUACACACACAUACAGCCAGAUACACAUACAGCCAGAUACACAUACACACAUACAGAUACACACACACACACAUACAGCCAGAUACACACACAUACAGCCAGAUACACACACAUACAGCCAGAUACACACACACACACACAUACAGCCAGAUACACACACACAUACAGCCAGAUACACACACACACAUACAGCCAGAUACACACACACACUGACACAAACACACACACACAGUCAUAUGAAUUCACAUAGUUUAGCCACCCUCCUUACCUCUACAGAAGUGUGGCUUCCCUGUGGUCCAGUGGGAGCUGGAUGGCUGAGAUUGAUGGGAGUCUGCUUGUUAUUGGUCUGUACCUCCUCCAUGUAUGUCUCCUCCUCCCCAGCGGCACUCUGUUAAUUGGGAGGAAGUGACCUCACAACACUUCCUCCCAGCAGGCAGGAAGACCAAGGCCCGGUCUGCAGCUCUCUUAAAGGGCCGGGGGGCCCCUGAUUACCUCACCUGCUGCAGCCCACCGGGAUAUUUCUCAGUAUCCCGGUGGGCUGUUCAGACCUGGCUGCAGGCAGGGGGCCCACAGGGCAGCUGCUUUGGGCCCCCCAGGAGCAACUGGGCCCGGGGCAGCUGCCCUGUUUGCCCCUUGUUAAAGACGGCCCUGGCCGUGAGCGUGCCUGCAUGUUUUAAGAUAAUCCUCCAUCGGAGUUGUGCGGAUUCAUAGCUCUGCUAUAUGCUGGCAGAUGCACCCCUGGGCGUAAAUUGUGAGCUGAGCUGGCACUUCUCUAUCAGAAGCAUUAUAAUGGCAAAUCACAGUGAAAGCCACUCACUGUGUUUUCUGUGUGUAUAUGAGUGUGUGCAGAUCUGUGUGUGUGUUGCAGUGCAUACAUCCCAGCAUUCAAAUGCUGCACACAAAUAAAAAAGCAUCACAAAACUGCAUAAUUUAUAAUAAAGGUAUAAUUUGUACACAAACCGGCAACUGACGGAUAGCUACUUCUUACAUGUACACUCAUCGUAAACAUAACUGCUAUAAGUAAAAAGAUGUGCAGUAAGUGGCUGAUAGUCUGAAACAUUACACAAGAAGAUUGAAGUGAUCAGGGCUAGCGCUACUCAAUAUCCCAGCAAAACCUUAUAGGGCAACUACAGAGAAGGUCAGAUGACAAGUAUAUAACCGUAUUAGAAUAAUGUGAACAGCCGAAAGAGAAAUGUUUGCUAAAUGCAGAAUGGCAGGUAAAUGGAAGUUCAAUUUUCACAAUUUGGCUAUCUUUAGUCCAUUUGGCAAAUCACAAAUGGCAAAUUAGGAUUAUUAGGGUUAUUUAACCAAAUGUGCACUUCUAUUCUACUGCAGCUCUGUAGACCUUUGAAAUUAGCCAAAGCUCCAUGUAAUUUUUUGGCUGUUUAGGGCCGAAUUGGCUUUGUUUGGUCAUUCCAUUUACCCUGAUACAGACUAGGGUAACUGCUCCUUAAUCCUAAGUAACCCUCUCAAACUACGCCAAACACCGCUUAGCACUCUAAGGAUAUCCGACAUCCUGCACCAUCUCAUACCUGGCUCUUAAAUUAGUGACUUUUUGUUUUUUAUUCUUAUAGCCGUGAAAUUCAUUAAAAAUCUGUUUAUCAUUCGGUUCUUAGGGAAUACAGGGAACCACAGACACUUUUUAACAACUAAAUGUUGAAAAUGAAGCCAAAUGCAAACAAAAUGAAAACCAAAUUUGGCAUUUAGUAGGCAGACCCCAUGGCCUUGCAUAGGUAACCGCAAGUAGGUUUAGCCACCUCUUCGGCUGCAGAUAUAAACAAAUGCUGUCUUUUUAGUUCAGUUGAUUUUUCUGGUGCUAGAAUUCUCAAUUAGGCCAUAAACUACCUGUCCUUUGUUGGUCAUUUGGAUAGAGAAUGUAUUAGAAUUCCCCUUUAAACUAGAAAUUUUUGUCAUGAUCUGUGCCUUCAAGAAAGUUUAUUUCAAUGUGCUGCCUCGGUCAGUGAUGGCAAUCCUUGGCUCCCAGGACUACAUUUCACGUUGAGGCUUAGCCAGCAUCGUGAAUAUUGACAGCCUUUUUUGCAUAUCUUGUGGGUUUUCUCAACAUAUUACUUUAACAAAAGUGUUAUAAUGCAAAUCAUCUGUAAAUAAGAUGUGAUACUGCUGUUUCCUUUUGUACUUUUGCCAUUGAUGCCUAAAUGUAGUGUAAUUUGCAAUCCUUAGUACUUCUCAAUAAAUGUCUCCGUGGCUUUUCUUUACUUUUCACUGAGAGGUAUGUAGGUAAUGGUUUCUCUAAUAGGCUUAUGCAUCUGGGUCACUGAAUAAUUCAGAGAUCCAUUUUUAUAGCUAAUGUUUUCCUGUAAAGUAGUACUUUGAUGCUUUAUGUUGUUUUAACAAGAUUCAGGCAUAAGUACACCAAUUGUGAGAGCAUAUAUUCUCGUAAAAAAUACAAAAAAAAAAUGCUUUUAAAUAAAGCUCAAAUGAAAAUCUAGCACUUGCAGAACAUUACUGCAUUUCCCAAGAUCUGCUUUAUUUACUAUGUUUUUAAGUAAGGUUCGUCAACGUUUUCUGAAUUCCCCAUUCUGCUAUUAAAGAGCUUGAAUUUUUAGUGGAGUUUCUGGAGAUGUUGUAAAAGUGCCCCAUAUUUUACACAGUUUUUUUUCAAUCUUUCUAGCAACGCCAGUGAUAGUUGGCUUCAGAGAGAGAGGAAGAGUGUGUGUACAUGUAUAUUAUAUAUUUAUAUUUUACAUGUGCAUGUAUGUAUAUUUUAUAUAUAAAAUUUUUUUUUUUUUUUUUUUGGUAUAUUUGUGUGUUCCUCAUUCUCUGGUCCUCUAACCGGGGGUCUGAUGGUUCUACGAAGUGGCUGUUUUAGCUGUUCCUAGAAAUGCACUCUUCUGGACAAAGAUCUCAGGUGUCCUACCUGGAAUCUGCUGAAACCACUUUCCCAGCUUAGGGGUUACAGCACCGGAUGCACAAAUGGGAUUACUACUGCUGUCACAUUCCACAUCCUUUCUAUCUCCUCCAUCAGUCCUUUUAUUUGUCCUACUUGUGUUAUAGUCAUUGGGUAUUGCCACAUCAUCCACCAAUGCAGUUUUCCAUUCUUUGUCUACUUGUACUUGCUUCUAAAUCUGGAUCUAAAAGUCCCACAGGACCUUAGCCCUGUCAUUCUCAACUACGCUUUGUAGCAUCUCCCAUUUAGACUUUGGUCGGUCAAGUCCAUAUUCUGUGCAUAUGUUUUAGUACACAAUCACAGCAAGUUGGUUGGGCCUCCCCGUGUAUGCUAGCAUCUUGCACCUGGCUACUAUGUGCUGGAUAGGCUUGGAGGCCUCUAUGCUCAUUCUGCACCCUCUGGGCAUUUCUGGUGUGGUGAACCCUUGUUUCUAUUGAUCUGGUGCUCAGUCCCUAUUCCUGCUUCACUAGGAUUAGUGCCUCAGUGCUGUCUUUUAGUCCUGCUUUUAACCAUCCACUGGUAGAAUUUUGUAAUGUUAGCCACAUACACUAUUUGGUACAUCUCAUGAAGUGGUUUGUCUUGCCAUGACACCUCUGCAAUCUUCUAUUUGUUCUUGUCUCAGGCAUUCCCUUACCAGUUAAUCUGUAGGCGCCAUCUCCACGAUGUACUUGUGAAUGCACAUCAUGAAGAUAAUCUUGACACUCAUCAGGCCCUUCCUAACAGGUUUUUAUUGAGUUUAUUGAGCAGUUUGUAACAUUCGCUAUAUUCAACAAUUAAAAGUCAGUCUUUAACAUCAUAUAAGGAGAUGAAACUUUGAGACAGUAUAUAGGUAUCAGAUAGACAGAAGGCAUUAUGCUUGAUGUAACUGUGAACAGUUUAGACUAUCCGAUUAGGUGAAAUUCACAAAUAUCCUACUAUGCAUCAGUGAGUUUUAGGGAGUCGCUCCCCCACGAUUCAUCUCCCUGUCGACUAGCAUCUGCACUCUCCUGACUGUCCUCCCCUCAUUCCAUCCCCUCCAUUUAUUUUGAGUAGUUACUGGUUCUAUCCAUGGAAUCCUGCUCGUCUCUUGGACAGUUUAUUAUUCCAUUUGGAUUUUGUUAUCCUCUUUGCCUCUUUCUUAUGACUGCCAUGUGUUUUUGUUAUCACUAGGUACUUGAAGCUGUUCUCUAUUUGGCCUUGUGGCACUUUAACCUCCUUUAGUCCAGUUAAUCUUCCACCUUACUGCUAUCAUCUGCUCACAAUUAUCUAGUCUGAACGAUAAUACUGAUGUCUUUGCUCUAUAUACUAAUUAGGUGGAACAGGGAGUCUUCACUCUUGGCAUACAGCUGGAUGUCAUCCAUAUAGAGGAGGUGACUGAUGGUAUUUGCACUUUUGAACCUGUUUCCAUAUUUACUUUUCAUAAUGACCUGGCUGAGGGUAUUGAGGCCUAUGCACUGCAGCCUUGGGGAUAACAUAUCACCUUGGUAAUCGCCACCUUUGUUUUUCACUUGUGUUGUUCUAGGGUGAUAAAAUUGUGAUACCAACAUCCAGCAUUUGGAAACUUUUCCACAGUGCAAUUUCUUCUGAGAAAAAGAAAACUGCGUUUUCAAACGCUACCAGGAUGACAAAACAUAUCCUUGCAUGCUUGAGCUGUCCUAAAGACAUUAAAAUACUUAAAGGGAACCUGCCACCUCUUACCUGACUCCACUCCCAAAGCAGAGCAAACCUCCUCCGUGAAGCCAACUUCGUUGCCAGCAUGUCCGUGUCUGAACAGAGUGACAUCCGCCAUUGCACAUGCUCUGUGCUUGCUACACAUGGUGAGCAGAAGGCCCGCCUGUGGAAGGUCUCUUUUGCUCUCUUUUAUGAAUCAAUUCCUCGGCAUACUCUAUGCCAAUGAAUCGAUUGACUGGUGGGAGAAAAACUUAUUUUGAAUAGAUUUUUCUCCCAAUCUAUACAUUUGCUAGCAGAAUGUACAGAUGAAAUUGUAUGGUCUUAAAAGAAGAGCAAACUUAGUUUGGGGCUUAACGGGUGCCUUUUAAUAGAAUUAAAUGUGGCCAAUGCUUCCCAAUGAGAAAACUCACUACUAGAGGACUAUAGUUCUAUGUAGUGAAAGGAGAACCCUCAUGGGUGUCAGCUUAACAGUCAGGGGGGCUUUCCCAUUCGCUUUUAUUAAAGGGCCUUCCCGUUAAAUAGGCACUUAAUGAGGUCCCCCUUAUUCCUGUUUUAUUUAACACCCCUAAAGCACAUAAGCAAGCAAUUUCUUUAAGGGCCCGGAGUGUCUCUUUAAUGGAAAUUUGUGUUUUUUCUCUACAAAAUAAUGAUCCUAGAGGAUUGAUUAGAAUAAUAGAACUGAAAGCAGAGCUUCCUUAGUGAUUUUUUCGAUUUCAGUCAUUUUGACCUUUAAAUGUAAUUUUCACAUUAAUGAAUAACCCUAUUAAGUUUGAUAUGGUUUUUUUUUGGGGAGGUUUGCUUGUUUUCAUGCACUAGCUAAAGAGAUUCCUUACAGUUCACGUUAUUAACAUAUCUGUACCGUGUAGUUCCAUUGUAACUUUUUUUGUUUGUUUGUUUUCUUUAAAAAAAAAAAAAAGAAGCAAAUUUAGUUUAUUAUUUCGUGAAUAAGCUGUACUUGUAUUUCAAGCAUAAUACUAUACACACUGCAUUCUGUGUUCCCAAUGUAAUAAAAUGACUUUCAUUUUGUAAGAGUCUUCCACUUUGCAUUACUUUUACAUUCUUCCAAAGACUUUUAUAUCCCAUAAAAAAAAAACAUGGCUUUAGAAUUUUAGGAAAUCUUACAUCUCUAACUUUAAUACAGGCUUGUACUUUUGUUGCCUACAGUUGAUAUUAAAAAAAUAAAUAAUAGUAAUUAGUAGUGUGUUUUUUUGGGGGGGGUUUGUACUUUUCUGCACCUUUUUACUGUUGGCUAUUGUUUAACACAGUGAAGUGUGUGUAAUUAUGGUGAUAAUUAAUGGCCAUUUGUGAAAGCCGAUUAUGUUGUGUAAAUGAGAUUUGAAAGUGUUGCCAUUGUUAAUGACUGAGCUUAAUCCCCCCAACAGAAAUCCAUAAUUAAUUAAUGAGUUCCAUCUUGGCUCCAUUUAUGUAUUAAUUUAAAUGAUUCAGUCUGCAUAAUGAUAUUUAAGACACACAAUACGCCUGCUUAUAUUACACUGGGUGCACGGCUGUAUGUAGGUUUAUACUACGCAAUCAUUCAUUACAUUUUAUUCUCACCUUAUUCUUUCAGAUCAUUCAUGGAAAAAAAUAAUUACAAAGCGCCAAAUCAGACCACAGGUUAUAGUAAUAAUAACCAACCGUCACAGAGUGAAUGGGACAUUGAUCUAUGUGACAGUGACUGGGAAUCCACUUCUGGGAGCUUCAUGAUUAAUCUGGACACCUUACAGGCCAAUGGAAAUUUGCAAAAUGGUGGCCAUCCUGAAGAUCUGGAUUACCCUGACUUUUGUCGUUUAUUUGUUUAUGGUCAACAAAGAGACCUCACCAUGUGUGUAAGUACCAGCUCAUUUAUAAUGGGGGAAGGUAGGUGUAAUCUAGCCUAGUACACUUGCCUCUUCCGUUUGCUCUGUGGAGCUAACAGAAAAGAAAAAAUGCCUUCUAAUUGACAGGCUUUUUGGCACAAUUUUCCUAAAAUGUAAAAAAAAAAAAAAAUACAAACUCCAAAAACAGUGAGCUGAAAGUGCUUCAUGUGGAAUGUUCUUUUAAGACAAAGGGACUCCACCCUGUAAAAUAUCAUGUAAGGGUUUAUUGCAAUCUAUCUAAUGGAAAGCAGGCUUGUUCUAAAUGCCUCCAGCAGAUGGAAUGUUAAUAAAUAAUGCACAUAAUUAGAUCAAUAGAGCAGCAGAAAAAAAUUAUGGGAAGAACAAAACACAAAAAGAGUUGAAGAGCCUAUUGUGUUAUGUUCCACGGCCAUUAUCCAUGAGAAAGUGAACAUAACAACAACAAACGCGUUGGGUUUCACUUUUCUCUCUUUUUCUGUUCUCCCAAUAUUUUAUCUGAAUUACAUGUGUCAACUUAAUGUCACGGUAGUUUACCCCAACUCGCAAGAUUUAGUCCAACAAUUGACAAUAUAGAGCAGAUACGUCUUACCGGACCUUAGAAUGGCCGGACUCGACGUAAAGGAGAGAAAUACAGAGUCAGGAACAAUCCGAGGUCAAGGGUACAAAGAGACAGCGAAAACAAGAACGAGCCAAGGUCUGGUACACAGAAAUCAGUAAGCUGGCAAACAAGACAAAACAGGGAUAAAGAGAUAAACGGAGUCAGAUACAAAGCCAAGGUCAAGUACGAAAAAUCGGAACUGAAACAGAAACCACGAUAGGGCAGGGAGUUAAGGGAGAGGUAAAUAUAAAUACCCUUACAUUUAAUUUGAUUGGCCCCUGUCAUAUCCACGCCCCCAAAAUGUGAGUGUAUGGGGAAUGUGGGAUGACAGUGGCCAGUGGGAGACCAUUUAGUUUUCGGCUCCCACUUCCCCUUUAAGAGUGUGCCCGAGACGCGCGGCGCUUUUGGAGCUAGGGGGGACACGUGACCGCAUCCCGCGGUCAGUGCCCGCCGUCAUCCGAGCCCCGAAUGAGCCGAGCGCAGCGGGAACUGAGGACCUCGGCCGGCCCCCAGAUAAGGUAAGUACCGCUACACUUAAACAGUUUAUUCAUAUUUUCAACUGCUGGAGGCUUUUUAAACUCAUUAUUAUUUUUCUUUUAAAGAAUUUAAACAUAUCCUUGCUGUUUAUAAAACAAACAAAAAAAAAUCGAUGAAUUAACCUUUUUGGCAGAUGCCCUUAAUUUAGGGAUGUCAAUCUAUCCAAAAACAAAGCUGAUGGUUAUUGUAUUAUUGAAAAGCAGAUUGAAGAAGACACUUGUUAUGGUUUUUUUUUUUUUUUAAAACCUAUUAAAGAGCAAUCUGUCUAUAUAGUUUCCAGUUUCUCUGACAAACUAUACACAACCAAUGCCGUUUGGACUGAUAUUGUCUCAAUGGCUGAGCUGUAUCUCUUGGUAUUGGUCACCAGAUAGUAUCACUCACUCACUGAUUACAGUCUUCCAGGCUUAAUUAGUACGUUGGGAGCUGGAAUCGAUCAAUAGCUGCAGAUGGAAGUUCUUUAAAUCACGCUUCGUGUUGGUUUCCAUGGCUAUAUUGCUGUUGUGUCUCUGUUAGAAGUGUCCUUUAAAGCUACAAAAAAAUACCUAAAUAAAACAUUUCAUUUUUUAUAUGGAUUCUACUUUGAGAAGAAGUCAGUUUUUCAUGGAUGUUGCAGUAUUUGUAGUUAUCAUGAUCAUAGAAAACAUUUAAUUACAAUGUAUAUCAUACAGACUUUGCAAAAUAUAAGGCAUGGUACAUGUCUGAGAUUUACCAGUGCAUUAACAUAAAAAAAAAAAAGAAAAUAAAAAUAUAUAAAAGAGAACAUUAUAAACGGAGUAUGAAUAAAAGUGCCAGCACCGAAUGACAUGCACUCUUCUUUCAAGGAACACAAAUGCUUUAGUCCCCCUGUCCCUAGUUAUGUAGGUCGUCUCCCUCCAUCCCCCGUGUGUCCCAUAAAAAUAAUAAAAUAAAGGUUUUUACUUACCUUUUACCAGCUCCCUCUGUGCUGCUAAUCUCUCUUUUCUCCUCCCACAACAUCAUGGAGGAGUUGUGGCCACCUCCGGUGUGGUCCGAUCCACAUAAUGGAGCACUAGGGACCUCAUGCACACUGCAUGCGCUUCUAAGCUUCCCCACAGGAAAGGAUACAAAAAACACACACUUCCCUAACACCCCAAAAGUACCUUAAAAAUACAUAAAACCCCACAAAAGUUACAUCCACUGAUAGCCCCGAUCUGGGUGACCAACAUAUCCAAAAAUCACCCAGAUCUGUUCAGGAAUUUCCUGGAAGUCAUAAUUUGACCAACUGCAUGAAUGGUCCCAUGCCCAAAACAGUUCCAGAGAAUCAGGGCUUGCGGUCGGUCUAGUUCGGUAGUUUAACCCCUGAAGGAACAAACUUCUGGAAUAAAAGGGAAUCAUGACAUGUCACACAUGUCAUGUGUCCUUAAGGGGUUAAAAACCAAAGAAACUACCGAAUAUAGUCCAUGUUCUUACCCUGGAGCUUGUUUCCCUUGUUCAUGGGAACGUUUCCACCAAACAGUGUCUUUCAAAGUGUCGUAGAAGUGAACUCAGUCGAUCAUGGAAGUCCAGUGGUGUUCGGGAGUUUGUGUCUGAACAUAGUUAAAUGAACUUAACAACCAAACACCGCUGCCUGUCUUCAUGCGAACAAGAUGGCCACCACCUCGUGGUUGUCCAUAGGAAUUGCGGCCAACCAGACGAACACUUAGAACACUGCGGUGGAAAUUGUUACAAAGUAUCAAUUAGGCUUAACAAGCUCCAGGGUGGUCUCCGGUUCGUGCGGCUGUUCGGUUCCUGAACCAUAAAGUCCAAAUACACGAACAGAGACUUUAACAUUCUAUUUUACAGGGCCCAUAGUCUGUGGGCAGGAGGCUGGCAAGCAGGCUCCUCCAGGAGCUCAUGGCAAACUCACUUGAACAGUAGAGACUAACCAGUACUCUGAGCCUAAUAGCAGACUUUGUAUGUACUACUUCCACUGCUCCAUAAUAAAAGUAACAUAACUGCUAACAUCACCAAUUCACCAUUAGCAAAUUCUGAAAAUAAUUUGGGAUACUUUGGACGUAUGAUAGAGUUUAGUGAAUAAACCCCAUAUAGUUCACUGUAAAAUGCUAUUGAAAGUUAAACAGAAUGCGUCUAGCUAAAAGGCCUUUCCGGCUUUUAUGUUUUUGUCAAAAUCAAGGAUGCAUUAUAGUCCUCUCCUUGCUGGCAAAAAAAAUCUGUAUUUUAAAAAUGGCAUUAUAAAAGGCACCCAGGUUAUGUUGUCACCGCAGCACUUUAAUAAUGCAACAAAAAGAUUGUCCCUUGAAAAUGUUUUUAUUUUCAGCACAGCGUACUUUGACGUAUAAAGCAAAUCAAACACCUUCAGCUGUCUUGUAAUGACAGAUUGUGCUCAGAGAUGUCGUGGGAUUAAAUGUCAUUGAAAACACAAACUGAUCUGUGAUAUACAAAUAUGUUCUAGAAAUGUGCGAUUUAUUCAUAAAUCUCUCAAAUUCUAUGCAAACGGGUACAUACAAAUUACAGGCUGAGAGCAGAUUUACACAAGUUUGCAUUGCAAAGAAAAGAAUUGUAUAGUAGCACAAUAGCUAAACCGUGGUAAAACUAACUGUAAAGUGUAGGGGAGCAGGGUUUUAUUCAAUAUUUUGCCACCUUUUGAGUGUUAGAAACAGAAAGUGUGGUGGGAUUAAACCAUAAAUGUACAGCAUUUUGGUUUAAGGAUCACUAUAGGGUCAGGAACACAAACAUGUAUUCCUGACCCUAUAGUGUUAAAAACACCAUCUAGCCUGGUCCCCCCUCGCUUCCCUAAAUAUAUAAAAAAUUUACUUGUAUUCAAGUAUGUAGCUGCUGUCUCUGCUCCUGACCCGCCUGCUUUGCUAACAUGAUCAGAAGUGAUUCUUUUAGCCAAUCACAAUGCUUUCCCAUAGGAUUGGCUGACACUGUCAAGGAAGCAGAUCAGGGGCAGAGCCAGCAUGAUUCAAACACAGCCCUGGCCAAUCAGCAUUUCUAUAAGGAAAGUUCAGUGUCUCCAUGUGAUGUAAACACUGCAUUUUCUCUGAAAAGACAGUGUUUACUGCAAAAAGCCUGAAGGGAAUGAUUAUACUCACCAGAACAAAUACAAUAAGCUGUAGUUGUUCUGGUGACCAGAGUGUCCCUUUAAAGUCAUGAAUAGGUUGGUAUAUAAAGCAGUUUCUCUCUACCCAAACUAUCAUGUACAUCUGGUGGUCCAUUAUAUAUUGUUUUUUCACUGGAACAAAUGGGAGAUAUCCUUAAAUCCAUUGUGUGAGCAGGAUUACAUUUUGUAUGGAGAAUGAAGUGAGUCUAGAGACUAUAUAUUAAAUGUCUGGAGUCUUGGAGGACACAAUAAUUCAUCUGUUAGAGACGGAUUCCAUAUGGAUGGAGGUUGAUUGGAUUGAAUGGGGAGUGAUGCCUUUUUUAUGGUCUGAUUUUAUUGUGGUCGUGGCAGCAUCCAAUUUAUGAAAAAUAAAAAAUAGCAAAAGCAAUUAACAGAACUGUUUUUAUCUGCCCUCAGUCUUCCACAGGCACAUCGUUUAUAUCGGCAGCAGAAAAAUUUCUGAAUGAAGAAAAUAGACGGGCAGAGGACUUUGAGAAAGUCUUGAACUCCCAUAUUGAAGAAAUGCAGAGAUAUUCAGAAAACACGUUGGCCAAAUAUACAAUUCUCCAUCAAAACAGACAUAUAUGAAACCUCAAAGAAAAGGACUGCAACUGCCACAGAUGCUAUGGGCAUCUAAAAGGAACCAUUUCAUAUUACGAUCCCUAAAACAAAUUAAAACCAUUAAAAUAACAUGCAAACAGAAUUAAAAUGUAAAUUAUAUACCUGUACACAUAUAUUGUAAAACAAAUUCUAAUGUUUGUUUUAAGAACAAUGAAUUAUUCACAGUAAAUGACAAUCUUUAAACUAAGAUUAUUUUAACUCAUUGCUGCAAUAUUUGUUUUUACAUACCCAGAAUUGGCUGUUUCUGCUGAUGACAUAAUAUAUUUUCUUGCACUAAUAUCAUGCCUUAAAUCUUG